AUGUUCCAGCAUAGACGGGCUACUGACAAGAGAUUUGCACUUCUUCUGCAGUGCAGCUCGUCAUUACAACCAGAUGCUCUCCGACGGACCGGAGCCGUUCAGUUUCAUGCCGUCCAAGCCGACCGGAGCCUGAGCCGAAGGAUGCAGGUUAAAAAUCAGAUCUGCACCGAGCGGAGCAGCACCGACGACCCGGAGCAGGAUGACAACCAGAAGAAGACCUCGUGUUUUUCCAACAUAAAGAUUUUCCUGGUGUCGGAAUGUGCGCUCAUGUUGGCACAGGGCACCGUGGGCGCCUAUUUGGUAAGUGUUCUGACCACUCUGGAGAGACGCUUCAACCUCCAGAGUGCUGAUGUGGGUGUCAUUGCCAGCAGCUUCGAAAUCGGCAACCUGGCCCUUAUCCUGUUUGUCAGCUACUUUGGCGCCAAGGCCCACAGACCCAGACUGAUUGGCUGCGGCGGGAUUGUCAUGGCGUUGGGGGCACUGCUGUCAGCCCUGCCGGAGUUCCUGACUCAUCAGUAUGAGUACGAGGCCGGGGACUCGUGGCACGCCGAGGACGGCAGGGACGUCUGCUCCAACACCACCAGGUCAGAAAACCGAGACUCUGGGUUUAAAUGUGGCAACAGAGCCAACACCAACAUGAUGUACCUUCUGCUGAUCGGAGCCCAGGUUCUGCUCGGCAUCGGAGCCACACCGGUCCAGCCUCUGGGAGUGUCCUACAUCGAUGACCAUGUCCACAGGAAGGACUCCUCGCUGUAUAUAGGUAUUUUAUUUUCAACAUUAGUGUUCGGUCCGGCCUGUGGCUUCAUCUUAGGUUCUGUCUGUACCAAAGUCUACGUGGAUGCAGUCUUCAUCGACACUAGUAAACUGGACAUCACCCCAGAUGACCCUCGCUGGAUUGGGGCGUGGUGGGCUGGCUUCCUCCUUUGUGGUGCCUUACUCUUCCUGUCGGCUCUCUUCAUGUUCGGCUUCCCCCAGGCGCUGGACGAGCAGGACAUGGACGGUGGAGGGGAGAGUGAGCAGGCCAUGCUGCCUUCUUCCCUGACCAUGGAGUACCAGGGCUCUAAACCCAACGGGGCCAUUCAUGGCUUUGAUAUAAACAGCGGACUCUCAGUUUGUGAGCAUCUGAGAGUAAUCCCCAGGGUAACCCGGCACCUUCUCUCUAAUCCGGUGUUCAGCUGCAUCACGCUCGCAGCCUGCAUGGAGAUCGCUGUGGUUGCUGGCUUUGCUGCCUUCUUGGGAAAAUACCUGGAGCAGCAGUUCAACCUUACCACCUCCUCAGCCAAUCAGCUGCUAGGUAUGACAGCCAUCCCCUGUGCCUGUCUGGGUAUCUUCCUGGGGGGGCUGCUGGUGAAGAAGCUGAACCUGUCAGCUCUGGGCGCUGUCCGCAUGGCCAUGAUGGUCAACCUGGUGUCCACUGCAUGCUACGUCUCUUUCCUCUUCUUGGGCUGUGACACUGGACCUGUCGCCGGUGUUACUGUAGCCUAUGGCAACGAGACGUUGCUUUCCUGGCAGCGACCUGAGUCAGCGUGCAUCAAUAACUGUAACUGCUACACAGCAUCAGUGAGCCCUGUCUGUGGUUCCAAUGGAAUCACCUACCUCUCAGCCUGCUUCGCUGGCUGCACCAAACCAAACCUGACCGGUUGCACGUGUAUAUCCAGCACCAGUGAAGAUGCGGUGGCUUUACCAGGGAAGUGUCCCAGUCCAGGCUGUCAGCAGGCCUUCCUCACCUUCCUUUGUGUUAUCUGUGUGUGCAGCAUGAUCGGAGCUAUGGCCCAGACACCCUCUGUCAUCAUCCUUAUCAGAACUGUGAGUCCAGAGCUGAAAUCUUACGCCCUUGGAGUUCUGUUCCUGCUCCUGAGACUGAUAGGCUUCAUCCCUCCACCUCUGAUCUUCGGCAUGGGCAUUGACUCCACCUGUCUGUUCUGGAGCUCUGUCUGCGGCGAGAAGGGAGCCUGCAUGCUGUACGACAACGUGGCCUACAGGCAUCUGUAUGUCAGCAUAGCCAUCGUCCUCAAGUCCUCGGCCUUCGUCCUGUACACAACCACGUGGCAGUGUUUGAGAAAGAACUACAGGAAAUACAUCAAGAACAGCGAGGGUUACCUCACACCCACUGAACUCUUCGCCUCCAAUGUGACUCUGGACAAUUUGGGCAAGGAGAUCACCCAGAACCCAGCCAACAGGACAAAGUUCAUAUACAACCUGGAGGACCAAGAGAUGUGUGACAACAUGGAGUCAGUUUUAUAGUGGCUGUCUGCUGGCACUGCAGACUGGAGCUGAGGCUGUAAAUGUGCAACUGAUCUGAUGUUCCUUUGGUGUCUUAUCAGUGUAGAAGAAUGUUCUCAGUAAGGGUCUUAUCUUCUUCUCACAUAAAACAUCAGACAUAAUGAAAAAACUGAAGAGAUGUUUCUCAAAUGUUCUAUAUCCACAUUGCACUUUUUUACUAAAAUACAGUUGUUCUUUUGUUUUUUGACAUUUCCUUAAUUUGACAGCAGAAUAGAGAUUGACAGCUAACAGGGGCAAAGAAACGACAUGGAAUGACGCCCCCGAAAUUAUCUUCUUUAGUUCAACUUCAUUAACAGUUCAGUUCAAAUUGCCGUCAUAUUAGAUUUAGAUUAGUUAGGAGACCAGAGCUCUGUGAGAAGCAGAAAUCUGACAUGUUGGUUAUUCAUUAGCUUUAUUAGACAGUUUAUGUUUUUUUAGAAGGAAGUGCUUCUCAGGUCCAGAUGCCAGAUAGAAAGGAUGACAGUUAUCAUAGUUGUUUGUAAUAACUGAUGCAUAUUUCAGCCCAUGGUUGGAGUACUUCUCCAAACAAACAGAACAUACAACUACAGACUUAUUAACAGACUUGUGUGUUCCCUCAAUCAAUUCUUUAAAAGUUUUAAUAGGAAAAAACAGAUCUGCAUUGACUACAGAGGCACAUCACACAAGAAGCAAAGGCAAACCAACAAAUCAGCAACAACAAGAAAUAGGAGUACAGGAAGAGGCAUAAUCCUAGUAAACAUAUUACAUCAUCAUAUUACAACACCAGAGAGGUCUCGACUCGAGGCGGCCCUAUUUCAUGGCUAAUCGUUAAAGCCUCUGAGCAUCAGAGUCCAAAUUUAAAAUAAGAAUAGACAAAAUAUGGACCCCAAUUAAUUUCAAACCCUUUACACAAUGACUGCAUUUCUCUUUCAUCUUAAUACAGUUAGAAGUGGAAAAUUUAUGGAAGAUGUAGUUUUGAAAAUAAAUCAUAUUUGUGUGUUUAUUGUUCAAUAUCUUCUCAAAAGUGAAGAUUACAACAAUACUGUUACUUUUUUUUGUCACCAGUCAUUUUGCUUGAGUAGAGGUCACUGUGCCUCAGAGGGUGGAUAUUCCAUUUUGGAAGCAAACUCUUCAGUUUGAGUUGCACAUAUUAUUCAGAUUAAAAAAAGAAAAAUAAGGAACAUAGUCUUUUUCAAAAGCUUUCAAUGUAAUUUGCCCAUUCUUGUUCUAGAGGUCAGUUUAGGACAUUUGUUGAAGUUAGAGGAGAGUUGAGCCAGUAUGUUAUAAUUAUCCCUUUACUGUGUCAUAGUGUGGAGUUUUGCUAUGAAUGCUGGACGAGAUUCGGAGACAAAUUUUCUGUUUCAGAGUCACAGAAUGUUUUUUUUCUUCUUUUUUUUUUACGUCACACCAUUUUGUUGAAAUUAAGUCUUUUCUCUUUGGCAUUUUUACAAUUUAGGUGCAAGUUUCAAAAGUAAAUAUAAAAAAGUCCUUAUAGGGGUUUAGCUGAUGAUCUAAAAAGCAACGGACUAUGAGAGAGGAUAAAGGACUUUGGUGGCCCACCUAUGAAUAGUUGGACAAUACCUACAGUACAUGAGCUGAUUCAGUAACUGAACCUGUGACAUUUCAGUUACAUGAUAUCUCUCUAUCUACUGAUUUGACCAUUUCACCAUUAUAAUUCUGCCAGGAACACUCAUGUCAAUGACAAAUGGAGAGAGCAGUAUAGUUUGACUUGGUGGUGUAAUUCUACUCCUAGGGGAUGCCCCCUGCAGCAGUAAUGCAUGGAAUACACAGCAACAUGAUGAAUAACAAGCAGGGAAUAUUGCAAAUAAGACUCUCCAGGGUACAUGUAUGUAGUAGGGCCAAAGCUGGUGGAGGCUGUGGGGGAGGAGGCCUUCAACAAUACAAUCAGUAACAGCAGCAAAGCUCACAUGAGCGUACAGAGUGUGAAGGCAUUUAAGUAGAAUGCCAAGUCAAGGCACUGAGACAUGAUGAUUGUGGUAGGCUAGCUGUCAGCAGACACAGCAUAGCAUGACGCACAGUGUCCAGCCAGAAUUAGUUCAUUUAAAAGCAUGCUGGUAAUGCAUGCAAUGAUAAAAAAAUAUAUAUUUAGUAUGUCACUAAGCUGCACAGACUCUGUGGUUUGGUGGCCAUGGUAAUGGUUAAAUGCACAUUUAACUUCAAUGGCCUCUAAAUUAUAUCUAAGACCAUGGAAAAGCUUUAUAAUGCAUACUGCAUUGUGAUGUAGAAAGUUUUUAGCAAACCUCAGCUGACUCAUAAUCACUCACACUGCAGUGAUUGUCUUAACACAGAUUUUUUUUUUUUUCAAAUGGUAAUUUUGUUUUUAGGAAUUCUAUGGGAUUCUGAUUUCUGACAUAUCCAGUUUAUAUAGAGAAUAUAUUGUUUUUCCUGGCUUACUUUGUAAGUAUUUAAUAUGUUUUGCAUCAAAAAUAUGGACCUUUGUCCAGCCACUCACCAUUGCAAUAGUCUAGAUAUCAUCCCUUUGAUGUUUGGAGGUGGGGGUUAAAGGAGUAUUUUAACAUUUUGUAAAAAAAAAAAAAAAAAAAAAAGUUUUUUUACGUUCUUGCCGAGAAUUAGACAAGAAGAUCGAUACCACUCUCAUAUUUUUACGGUAAAUAUGAAGCUAGAGCUAGUACCGGCUUAGCUUAAACACUGGAAAUAGGGGCAACGUGCUAGCCUGGCUUUUUUUUUUAUCCAUACAAAACUGUAAAAACAAGUUGUUGCCUUUGGUGGGUUGCCUGGCAACUUCACAGCGGUGACAAGACUCCAGGAAGUCACUGCACACCGCCAAGGAAUAGUCGUGCACAUAACCCCUCCGUCAAAGUGAAACAUGUCACUUAUACUUCUGGUUUUUGGAUAGUUUAAACAUAUUAGAUAUAAGGUGUUAAGAGAUGCUGCUAGGUAGAUUUUAUUUCCAGAGCUAGGCUAACGGUUCCCCUCAUUUUCUAUCUUUGUGCUAAGCUAAGCUAACCAGCUGCUGGUUGUACCCUGCAGACAUGAGAGUGGAAUCAAUCUUCUUAUCUGACUCUGCAAGAAAGCAAAUAAGCAUAUUUCCUAAAAUGUUGAACUGUUCUUUUAAGUUAAAGUUCCCUGAUUCAGUCUCAUUUUAUGCUGCCGUUCAUGGUUUAUGAGUAAAAUUGUUUUGCAAAUGGUGGAAAUUAUCUUGGAUCCACACUACUCAUAUGAUGUAUUUAGUUUGGCACUUCAAUGAACAAAAAGUAUAAGAUUUAAACUAUACAUUGAUGAUGCUUCAGCAUCAUAAAUAAUAAAGAGAAUAUUAUAUCAAAGGGGGAAAAGAGACAGUUGUUAGAGAAUGUUGGAGAUCAACAAUGAACCUACAAAUAACAGAGAGCAAGAGCAGACUAAUGUCUCAGUGUAAUGGGAACUAAGAGAGGAUAAAUACAGAUUUUUAGCACAGCAGUGAAAGUUCUUAAAGUAGAAGAUUUUUUGGGCACUGAUUAGGUAGUGUUUGAAACAGUUUCCAAGCUUAAAACUUGACUGUCCCUGAUAGGAAGAUUGGCUCCUAGCAGAACAUCCAGGACAGCCGGACAUUAUGCUAAAAUGUACAAACAAUAAAAAAAAAAAAGAAAAAAAAAAGGGAAGCUUCUAACGGGGAGGAGGGUGUUAACUAACAUUACCAGCUAGCAACCAUAUUCUCCUCAGUAACCCCCAACAGGUGGCACUGUCUUUGAUAUCUGUAACGUCCAGUGUGUUAUAGUGCUGACUCCUCUGUACAUAUUAGUGCCAUACAAGUGCCAAAGUGACACCAUAGAAGUGUUCUGUAAUGUUCUGCAGAGAACUUUGUCUCACCGCGCUGGAGCUCAGAGCAGAUCCUCCAGCUGUAUGUAGCCUUUCUGUGAUAUCCCACUUACUUUCACCAUAUCAUACAAAAAGUGUCCCAAAAAACAUAUUGCCUAUAAAAUAUUGUAUAUGGGUCUAGAAAACAGUAGGCCUAUUAUUUAGGAUGUAAUAACUGUUAAUAUGUAGGACUUUUCUACUAGUGAAGGUAUUGUCUAAUUUAGAUUAAUCUCUCUUUCCAUCAGUGGCGAAGCUGAUAACUGUGUGUUGCUUUGGUCCAAAUAAAAACAAUACUUUGCUUGAAAUAAGUGGCACCAAUGUUAAGCUAUAGCCUGACAUUGUACAGUAGAUAAGGUUGAUUGUAGAAAAUCAGCCAAACUUCACUGAUAGCUGUCCUGCACCUGUGCCUGGAUAUUAAGCUCUACUUUGAGACUUUCUCUGAUGUUGUGCCAUAUCAACCCGUGCACUGUAACAUUCGACACUCACAAAGAAGAAGACGACAUAUUCUAGGUCUGUCUGAUGCACUGGCAAGUGUGACAGCGCUUGCUUGACCUUGUAUUCACCUGCGGCGACAGGACUGUUUUGCCUUGUGAUGAGAAAAUAACUUUGGAGCAUAAAUGUUUUUUUACAUCCUAUUUUUCUCAUUAUUCUCUUUUGAUGACCUUGCCUUGUGGUAACAGCAAGUUGACUUUUGUAGCGGAUCUUUAGUGACAGAAGUAUGGACAUAUGAAGAGUUUACUGCCAAAAUAAGACAUUUCUGGGCAAAGAAAAAUGUCCUGAGGUUUAUCAUUCAAGACAUUUUGACAUCAGUGGACAGUUUUCCUGUAAAUAGGCCCAUAAUGUGUUUUUGUUGCUAUUAAUUAUUUCUUACGAUAGUCACUUUUUGUAAACAAUGGAUGUUAUUUUGGGAGCAAACUCUUCGUAUGCAGAUAGAUAAUCCUUUGGUUUGAGCCUUUAGGCAGCAUGUUGCCUUUGAUUAUAGUGAAACCAUGUGCUAACCAUGUGGUUUCAGAGUGAUGUGUUUGCUUAUGUUGUGGGUGGUAUUCAGUGGGUGGAUUUCAUGACUCUUUGCAGGGAGCCUUGGAAAAGAAAAGGACAUUGUAAUAAGAAAAUAUCACCUAUAUUUUCAAAGCAUCACUAAAGAUUUUUAGAUAUGCUCUAUUGCUUCUUUGGAUUUUUUUUCUUUUUUUCCCCCUUUAGAAUAUAUGAAUUUAUAUUUAAAAGCUUUAUGUUCUGUAUAUUUCUUGGAAAAGAUUACAUGAUUGUAUGUUUAUUGUAAAUACAUUAAAUAUACUAUUUUUGUUUUUAAUAUGA